AUGUACGCGGUGUUGGUUCUUCAGGCAGUAUUACACAGCCGGGCUUUAGACACACGUAACUAUAUCCUACAAGAUGAGCACAAGUGUGACGUAGCCAUAUGUGGGGCACAGACAUAUAAUGUUGAAGUGAACGAAGCCAUCCUGGUUUCUGGUGGCGCAACACAUUCUUCUGUUGACCAUGAUCAUGAUGGUUGUGAUAAGGGACUGGUUUGUGAGCUCCAGUUAUACCCAGACACGAACGACAACGAGAAACAGCAGCUUCGUAUCAUCUUCAGAUCCUUCUACAUAACGUCUGAUAAAAUCCAGUUAAAACUGGAUCAAUCUAGCACGACUUCCUUUCAUGACGUUCAUUCCAUUGCCAUUUUAACGAAAAACUCUUCAAGACCAAAAGAUUUUAUGACAGAUAUUGGCAAUGUCCUUCGGAUUCGACUCACAGGGGAUGAUGGAAAUAGUUCAGAUGGGUACCGGUUUGAGAUAAGCAUCACAAGAGCGGGAGCUUCGUUUACGCCCCCUUCGCCAUCUCCAGAAGUCCCAACCUCUCUCUCACCCGGUGUCAUCGCUCUCGUCGUCUUCAUUGUUGUUGCUGUCGUUUCAUUCAUCGUAUUUUUGGUUGUAAAAACCGUCAUUCUGAGGGAAAGGAUGAAAGCAUUCCAAAGAAAUAGCAGAGAAUCACUGACAGGUAUAAACCUAGACGACGGCUGUCCAGGGAACCGGAGGCGGGUCGAAUCGAACACGUACACACCUAUACCAAGGGAAGUCGGUGAUGAUUCCCGGCCCGAGACCCAGCGACAAAGAACGGAGGACUCAAGUUACGCGAUGACAGACUUUCCUUACGUCAACGCACCUAUUGUUGUAAUUAAGACUUCAGAUAGUUCACAUCCAUUACCAUCUGCCCCGCCCCCGGCUUAUAAUGACGUAAUGGGAUCGUCAUAAGAACUAGCUAUAGGUACAGGUUGUAUUAUGAGUUAGCUGCUCAAAAGCUUGAUGUAUUAAUUCUAAUUUGAGCAGAAUUUGAAGAGUUUGGAACAUUACUAAGUAUAUGUAGCUACCUUAGACAUGUAUUCCAUGUGUAUUCUCCAAUCAAUAUAUUCUAUUAGCAAAAUAUUGUGAUCUCAGGUGUACAUCGUUUGAUUUAUUGUUGAAUGCAAAUUGAUAAUUAAUUAUACUAUAUCAUAUAUUAUGUGAAUAUGUAAACCAAAUGACUUAUUUUUGAAAAUGAAAGAUUUUUUAUUGUAUAUCAAUGUAACAUUAAAGCAUAUAAAUGUAUACAUAUAUUUUAUUUACCUGUGUCAAGAAGCAUUAUUUUUGGUUUUCAACUUGAUAUAUUUAUUCAUAUAUCAUGUGUAUUCUAUAAUAGGGUUUAGUUAAUAAUGGCAUUUUAUUUUAUAUUGUGUAUUUUAAUUGGCAACACUUGUUUUAUUUUGCAAGAGCUUACAAGAAAGCAUAUCAUGAAUUUAUCAUUUUAGAUUUACAUCUGAGAGUUAAAUUUUUGGGAAAAUACAUAUAACAUAUUGAUAAAAAAAAAUAUGCAACAUCUUGUCACUAUUAGUAUUUCUAACCUCUGAAGGUUAGGGCAUUUAAGUAGUUUUUUUCCUGUCCAACCGUCUGUCUGAUCAGCUGUCUAUUUUCUAUUUGACUGCAAAAACUUUGCCCAUAACAUUUGAUUUCAUGGAGAUACGGCUUUCAUUUUUUUCCUACGCAAUGAAAAAAGAACUUUAUUUUAAAGACCAAUAAUUAACAUAUUUGGCCUCUUGAAUUUGAACUUUGGGUUUUACCCAUUUUUUGCAAAAAUUUACAAAACUUUAAUCUUGACCUUUUGAACAGUUGGUGCUAAGGCUUUCAUCCUUCCUUUUUCCACGACCUUUCUUUGGGUACAAAGUUUUUUAAUCUUGACUUUGUAGUUUGACCCAUAUCAAUAAAAAAUCAACCUGGAUACAAACAAUUUUAUUCUUUGACCUUAGAAUUUGGUGUUAGGGCUUUCAUAUUUCACAUGUGUUUUCUUUUGCCAAGACCUCUCUUUGGGAACCAACAAUUUGGAGCCUUUCACUUCGAUCUCUGAGUUUUAUCUUUUGAACAUUUUCAAUCUUUGCCAUAGCUUUUGAAUAGUUAACGAGUAUUUUUUUUAUUUCAUAUACCUGGGUAUGUAUUUCUUUUGUAUGUGCUAGACGAGUCAUUUUGUACAAAAUGCUAUAUAUUUUUUUACAACUACUCCGGGAGACAAAGCAACUACCCUCUUCAUAUCCUUGGAUACAUUGAACAUUCCUUCCAUUACCCCUUGUACGAAACAGAAUGCGUUCUUCCAAGACCAAAAUUGGAAGAUUAUGUAAUGUCAUAACCUUGAUUCAAAAAUGACAAUCGAUAUUCUGCCCAUAGAAGACAUAGAAGACCCUAUGUAACAGUUAAGAAAACAAGACUCAAAAAUUUAAUUUUUUAUUAAACAUGAUGUUAUGUUACAUUUUGCUAUUUUUUUUACUUUUGUAAAUUCAUGGUUUUUUAAAAUAAAUUG